GAAGAUUGUAAUUUUUGGCCCAAAACUGGGGCACGUUAUGGCGAUGGAAAAGGAAUUGCAUCGUUAAUCGGCAUAUUAUUUAUGCCUGCCUGAGACUUUGGUAACAAGUGGCACAGUGUUUUUACGGGAAUCUAAGGAACAAAGUGAAUCAGCAAGCCAAAGAGUCAGCUUUGACCAUAAUGAAGAGACUAGAUUCAAUAAAGCUGUUUUGACUAUUAUUUACCCAGUAUGAGAACACGUGCGAGCUUUCGUUUGUUUGUCGUCGUAGUCCGGGCAGGCACAGUAAAAACACUUCCAACGUAGCGUCAAAAUGGCCUCAUCAUCAUCAACAAGCCUGAUUAUCAAGAUGGAGCCAAUAAAUAGACGCUAGACAUUUGAGUUGAGUUCAACAUGACAUUUCAGCUGGAUGAACCUACGAACAUACAUAUGUAACUACGUUUGGCGACGAGCACAGGAUAUAUGCUAGAGAUCAGCUAGAAUUGCACCAUAACGCAUGAAUCUCAGAAUCUGAGUGGAUGUUGAUGGAUUUUGAUUUGGAUUGUGAAACGAUGUUGUGAUCCAGUCAUUUCUCAUAUGUCUCAAUAGUUCGAGGUAUGUAGAGCUGUGUAUGGACGCUAUGCAGUUUGAUCUACACUAAUGUUACAGUUACAAUGAAUUAUGGUUGCAAUGCAGCAGUGUCAUCGAUUUAUUAUUGAGGUGUAUUAUGGACGCUAAGCUGGAAUCGGCCACAAUCGUUAUUAUACACUGUUAUAAAAUACGUGGCUUUACCAUAAUUUGCACCAGCAGUUGGCAUGCAGCCAUAAUGUAACAGGACUAAAGCCCAUGUUAGCGGAUCAGCCAAGCCCAAGUUCAAGACUAUUCUGUGUCAGCCUCUCGUAGCAGCCCUAGCAUAAUUUAUGAACUAGCCUAAUCCAGCUGAAGUCCAGCUUGAACAACAGCCCGGGAAUCGGCCCGGUCAAGCCAUACAGCCCGGGAGCCAGCGUGGUUUAGUCUUGUACAGUCCAGGUCCAGCCAGGUUUGAACUUGAAGCAUAAAUCAAGCCAACAACAUUGAAUUUAUAAAUGAAACAUUGGAUCUGAACUUGAUGAAAUAAAAGUAGUUAGAACCAGAGCUAUAAUAGGCUCUGUGAAACUUCAAGACUCUUGAUAACAAAUUAACAGAGGUCAAGUAAAAGUUGAAUUUUAAUAACUAUUUCAUGUAUAGUAGUCUAUUGAAAAGUGUUUCCAAUAUGAUUCUGCAAAUACUGCAUGUUUUGUUUGCAGGUAGCCAGCAUUAGUUUUGUGCUCAAGUGACAAGAAAGUUAAAGGUGUAAUUUCAUUACAAAGUGAUAUUGACAUCGCAGUUCAGAGUCAAGCAAGGAAGGAAUAUGUGGCGAUGUUGAACUUUAUCGCAUGAUCGCGUGGUCUGCAUUCAAGCCCUUUUGAUAAGCGAAUUUUGAGGCGUGCGUAAAGGCUUUAUUGGGAGAUGUAAAAUCAAAUUACUAUGGAGUAUUUGUAAUUGCAUUAGCAAGAAGCAUUUUAAGCGGUUUUACAUUGAUGAGGUUGGUAGGCUUAGCGCUGUAGCUUUGCUUAAAUUGAUGUUUGAUUUCACUCUAGUUGCAUGACAAUUUAAUUUGGUCAAUUUGCUGUACAAGGUGCAAGUGCAUGGUUUAGCAUAAGAGGCCAGCUCCUUAUUACACUUCUGUUGUGUCAAAGCCAAUUAAACAUGGCAGAUUCAAGAAAGUCAUCAAGGGAGAGGCAGCCCACGGAAAAAAUGGCCGCUCUUCAGGCCUCUGAAGAAUCAAAGACAGAGCGGAAGUUUUUCAAGAUGUAUGGCUCCCUUAAGGCCACAGUAAAGGCAGCUAGAACAAUCAUUAAGACAGAGACAGAAGAAGGUCCCAUCAAACAACAGAUAUCCAUACUGGAAGCUGGAGAGAGGGAAUUGAUGGAAACCUACGAGAUUUUGAGGAGACACAAGGUCCCCAUAAGAGAGGCCACCACAAGGAUGGACCGUGCCAACGCAAUGGUCAGAGAUAGCCUCAACGCCUUGGAAGAAGUUCUGGGAUCCCUAGAAGGUCCUUUUGACGCCGAGGAUCGGAAGCAGAUAGCGAAAGAAUUCUUGAAACAAGAAUAUGCUUCAUCGGUCUUCAGCUCAAUUUUAAGCGAAAUGGACCAAGGGGUUGAAACCAGCCAACUGCGUGGAGCCACACCAGUAAUUGACAUUGAUAGCAAUCCUGGACAGCCUGUAGAAUCUCGUAACACACCAUCACUUCUUCCUCAAGACAAAAUGUACCCAGGAGUUGGAGUAAACCAACCACCUGAAGGUAUUCAAGGGCAGUCAGCAGAAUUUCCUGCCAAGACGUCAUCUCCUUCCUUUCAAGAUGAGAUGGGCCCAGAGUUUAGAGUAGGCCAGCUACAUGAUAGUCUACCUGAUUCGCAUGUGGAACCUCGUGACAAGACACCACUACAGCCGCCUCAGACAACGUCGGUUGACGUCCAGGGCUUAUGUAAGGCUUUAGCAGACAACAUGUACCACACAAGACUUCCGAUGCCAGUGCCACGCACCUUUAGUGGGGAUCCGCUCGAGUUUGUAGAGUUCGACAAAGGUUUCAAGACUUUGAUCGAAAACCGUGGCAUACCACCAACAGAGAUGCUGUAUUAUCUGAAGCAGUACCUGACUGGUCCGGCAAGGGAGGCCGUGGAAGGUUUCUUUUUCGGGGACUCCAAAGAGGCAUAUGAUGGGGCAUGGAGGUGCCUUCGACAGAGGUAUGGUCAUCCUUUUAAUAUCCAACAAGCGUUCCGGAAGAAGCUAAGUGCUUGGCCGAAGAUAGCCUCCAAAGAUGCCAUAGGUCUUCAGAAGUUUGCGGACUACUUAAAGUCUUGUGAUGAUGCUAUGCCAUAUGUCACUGGCCUCCAGGUGCUAAACGACUGCUAUGAGAAUCAAAAGAUGAUAGCCAAACUUCCAGACUGGCUGAUUAGUAGCUGGAAUAGGGUGGUAUCAAAUGAGUUGGAAGGCGGCAGCUAUCCUUCAUUUUCUAAGUUUGUGAAAUUUGUUGCUAAGGAGGCAAGGAUAGCCAACAAUCCCAUUUCUUCUCUAGGUGCCCUGAAAUCUGAGGACUCUCAAAGAGAAUCAAGUCCCAAGACCUUCAAGAUCAAGCGAGAAGCAAGAAAUAAAGGAUCUGCUUUGGCUGUCAACACCAAGGAAAGUGCCAAAGGCAAGAACAUCCCAAACCAAGUCAAGAAGGCUCCAAAACCUUGCUGCCUGUGUAGUGAAACUGGACACAAGUCCGAGGACUGUGACAAGUUUUUGGCCAAGCCACUUUCUGAACGCAGGAAGUUUGUUCAAGAAAAUCAUGUAUGCUUUGGUUGCUUACAGAAGGGGCAUUUUUCUAAGGCAUGUAAACAAAGGCUGAAGUGUAGUACAUGUGGUAAGCGCCAUCCCACGGCUCUUCAUGAGGAAAACCCUACGAUAAGAGAGGACAAUGCGCACAAGAGUGAAGGAGCUUCUAAGGACAGGGCUACGUCUUGCCAAGUCCGUUCUGGAAAACAAGCUAGCACUUCGAUGAUUGUACCAGUGUGGGUCGCGGCAGAACAAGCACCAUCGUCAGAGAUUCUGACUUACGCCCUCCUGGAUACCCAGAGUGAUUCAUCGUUCAUUCUAGAUGAAGUAGCGCAAGCCCUGAAUGCUAAGCAGCAACCCAUACGCUUAAAGUUAUCUACUAUGACUUCGUCAUCGAACAUUGAUUGCAGCGUGACCUCAAGUAUCUUAGUUAGAGGUAUGAUGUCGCCCUCCCAGCUCAAGAUAGGAAAAUGCUAUACGCGUGACUUCAUACCGACUGAUAGAGAACACAUCCCAAGCAGAAGUACUGCUGAAAAGUGGACUCAUCUCCAAGAUGUUGCAAGAGAAAUGCCAGCACUUCAGAGAUGCGAAGUCGGCCUACUGAUAGGCUAUAAUUGCCCAAGAGCUCUGACACCAAGACAAGUAGUUACUGGUAGCGAUGUAGAACCAUUUGCUGUUCGAACUGACCUCGGCUGGAGUAUUGUUGGCUUUGCCGAAGAAGAGAAUGCCAUGGACUUCAGUAGCCAGUGUGGGAGGGUUUCUACUCGCGAGAUACCAUUUCCGAAGCCAAAGGAGAUCAUAGGGUUGCUUGAGGCAGAUUUCGCAGAGGACAAAUCGCCGGACAAAGCAUGCUCUCAGAAUGACCUACAAUUCUUGAAACACCUUGAGACCAACAUUGUACAAUGCGAGGAUGGUCAUUUGCAGAUGCCGCUGCCCUUCAAGACCCGGCCAAACCUUCCAAGCAAUAAAAGGUUGGCAACCGUUCGAUUCGAACACCUCCAUCGAAAGCUUAAGAAGGACGAAGCAUAUAGAGACAACUAUACAAGCUUCAUGACAGAUAUCAUUAAUGGUGGCUUUGCAGAACAAGUAGAGACCAAGGCGCCGCCUGGAGAAACAAAUUACAUACCACAUCAUGGUGUGUACCAUCCAAUGAAGAAGAAGAUGAGAAUAGUGUUUGAUUGUUCCGCGAAGUACGGCGGCACCUGCCUUAACGAUCAUCUGCUCAAGGGACCGGACAUGAUAAACUCAUUGGUGGGAGUCCUUUGUCGGUUCAGGAAGCACAAUGUAGCAGUGCUAUGUGAUGUUGAGAAGAUGUUCUUUCAGUUUAGGGUCGCUGAGGAUGACCGAGACCUCCUGCGCUUCCUGUGGUUCCAAGAUAACGACAUCAACAAGGAGCCAGUGGAUUAUCGCAUGAACGUCCAUCUUUUUGGUGCCGCUUCUUCGCCAGGUUGCGCCAAUUAUGGCUUAAAGUAUCUGGCUAGACAUUGCAGCAAUGAAUUUCCAUUGGCAUCUCGUUUCGUCGAGCGCAGCUUCUAUGUGGAUGAUGGGCUGGUGAGUGUAUCCAGUGAAGAGGAAGCCAUUCAGUUGGCCAAUGAAGCCAGACAACUUUGCAGCAAGGGUGGCUUACGUCUCCACAAGUUUGUUUCGAAUUCUAAGGCAGUUCUGGAGAGUCUGCCAAAGUCUGAGCGUGCCAGUGAUGUCACUGACUCGAACUUGGAUUUUGAGGAUCAAGUAGAGCGUGCUCUGGGGAUAGUUUGGAAUGUGGCCACGGAUGCCUUUUGUUUCAGAAUUUCCCUGAAAGAGAAACCAAUGACACGGCGGGGAAUUCUGUCCAUAGUCGCAUCCCUUUAUGACCCUCUCGGAUUUGUGGCUCCGGUCGUUCUCGAUGGCAAGAGAAUCCUUCAAGAAAUGUGUCGUAGCGGGCUUGGGUGGGAUGAUCCAGUAUCCGAGAACCUGCAAUCAAGGUGGGAGCAAUGGUGUAAGGAAAUCCCGCAGCUAGAGGAGCUAAGAAUACCUCGGUGUUAUCAUCCUGCUGAGUUUGGUGAUCCUGUAACAGUGCAGCUACACCAUUUCUCGGAUGCCAGCAAGUCUGGUUAUGGCCAAUGCUCUUAUUUGCGUCUUGUUAACCAGAAAGGAGAAGUUCACUGUUGUCUGAUCUUCGGCAAAUCAAGGGUUGCGCCAACCAAGGUGGUUACAAUUCCCAGGUUAGAGUUGACAGCGGCAGUUGUGUCAGCUAAGGUGCACUCUAUGUUGAAAGAAGAGCUAGAGUAUCAUGAUGCCGAAGAUUUCUUCUGGACAGAUUCCCAAGUAGUCCUGGGAUACAUCCACAAUGAUGCGCGGAGGUUCCACACGUUUGUUGCUAAUCGAGUCCAGCUAAUUAGAGAUAGGACUUCUCCCGACCAAUGGCAUUAUGUCUCGACUGAUCAGAACCCUGCUGACCAUGCUUCCAGAGGAUUGAGCGUAAGUCAGCUGGGUAGCACAAAUUGGUUCCAAGGACCAAGCUUCCUCUGGGAGAAAGACUUUGCAGUAGGAAGUAUCUCUCCGACACUCGCCGUUGGGGAUCCGGAAGUGAGAGCAACCAACCUAUCGACAACUACUCAUUCGGAACCGUUGAACCUCCUCUCGCGCCUUACCAGGAUCUCUAGUUGGAAGAUGAUGAUCAAGGUAUUGGCUCGUCUACGGAUGGUAGUGAAGGGAGCAAGACAAGGUUCCUUAGUUCGUGAGAGAAAGGACGCAGAGCUGUUCGUUCUGCGGUUAGUUCAACAGGAAGCUUACCCUGAAGAAAUCAAGGCUCUGACGUCGGACAAGACCGUUAAAACGACAAGUACCAUCCAUGACCUUGACCCAAUAAUCCUUGAUGGGAUCACGCGAGUGAAGGGCAGACUUGGCGAACUAUCGACAGAAGUGGCUCACCCUGUUAUCCUGCCCAAGCGUAGCCCUAUCACUCGGGCGAUUAUCCGCCACUUCCAUGAGGACAUCAAACAUCAGGGUCGAGGAAUGACGCAGAAUCACCUGAGAGCCAAUGGAUUCUGGAUUGUAAACGGAUCUAAAGUCGUUGCAGAGGUAUUGCGAAAGUGUGUGUCAUGCAGACGUCUUCGUAGGCCUCAAGAAGAGCAGAAAAUGGCAAACUUGCCAAGAGAUCGAGUAGAACCUUCGGCUCCUUUCACGAAUGUGGGUAUGGAUUGUUUCGGUCCUUUCUUUGUAAGGAGAGGUCGUUCUGAUAUUAAGCGAUAUGGGCUUAUAUUCACAUGUCUCUGUUCAAGAGGUAUCCACAUUGAGAUGCUCGACGACAUGACUACCGACGCAUUCAUCAAUGCUCUCCGCUGUUUCAUAGCAAUUAGGGGAGCUGUCAGACAGAUUAGGUGCGACCAAGGCAGUAACUUCGUAGGAGCAAGAAACGAGCUCCAAUCUGCAUUGAGAGAGAUGACUUCAGACCAAGUGAAUACGUACCUUGCAGACCAGCAAUGUGAAUUUGUCUUCAACGCCCCUCACUCAAGUCACGCAGGUGGCGUGUGGGAAAGACAGAUUCGAACCGUCAGAAGUGUCUUAAGGGCUACCAUAGACCUGUGUCCAGGAAGACUCACAGACUCCGCUCUUCGUACCUUGUUUUACGAAGCCAUGGCAAUCGUCAAUAGCCGACCGUUAACAGUGACCAAUAUGAAUGACCCAAGUGCGGAUGCACCUCUCACGCCAAACCACCUCCUUACUCUGAAGAGGACGGUUCCGUUGCCCCCUCCUGGGCAAUUUGUGAAGGAGGAUGUGUACACGCGUAAAGCCUGGAGAAGGGUUCAGUUCUUACUGGAACAGUUCUGGUCAAGAUGGCGGAAAGAGUACUUGUUGGGACUUCAAAGACGACAGAAAUGGACGAUGCCCAGACGGAAUUUACAAGUGGGAGACAUUGUAUUGCUCACUGACGAUGAAGCUCCGCGUAUGAAAUGGCCAAUUGCGAUGGUCGCAGAAGCCACUCCUGAUGAAGAUGGUCUGGUCAGGCGGGUACAGGUGCGCGUUGGAACGAAAGACCUUGACAACAAAGGUCGUCCAAACAAGAAGCUUGCCGAAUACUGGAGGCCGGUUCAGAAGCUCGUACUGCUUCUGGAAAAGGUACCUCCAUAGAGCAGGUAUGUAUGUACACUUGAGAUUGUUUGGAGCGGGUACAAAUGUUUGACCUUGCAUUUGCACAUGUGCUUCGUUUUCUGGUACAGUUUAAAAAUUUAGGACUCAAAUUCUGAUCUUGUUUGCUGCGAAUUUUAGAUACACAGCGCUUAAAUAUUGUCGCAACCUUUAAGCUUGCCUUACAACCUUUGCAGUGUGUGUUAUAAUCUUUUACAGCACAUGUUAUAAACGUGCAUUGUUUGAGUUCCGCAUCAUCACUUAUGCCAUUCUGGUUUGAUCAAGCUAUUCAAUUGCCAUGUUAUUCGUGUUGUAGAUUGCAAGUGUACCAAUUUACAUGCAAGAGGUGUAUGGAGUGCUUGCUUAAAAAUUUCCAUAUUAUGGUCACAUUAUUUCACAUGCACCACUUAUGUAAUACUAGUAAAUGCAUUUUCAUAUAUAUGUAAGUGUACUCAUGCAUGUGAUUAUGUUACCAGUGAAGGCAAAUUUGGUGGGAGUGUAAAGGCACUUCAUACACCGUGCGGUUGUAAUUGUCUAUUUGGCAUUCCAUAAUUUUAUCGUCUGCGAAGAUUGUAAUUUUUGGCCCAAAACUGGGGCACGUUAUGGCGAUGGAAAAGGAAUUGCAUCGUUAAUCGGCAUAUUAUUUAUGCCUGCCUGAGACUUUGGUAACAAGUGGCACAGUGGUAAGCAUAAAUAGAACUUUUAGGUUUAAUUUCAAGAGAACUCGCUCAGUAUGCAUACAGCAAUCAGUGUUAUCCUACUGUAGAACUUCAAUAGCUCGUGUAUCAGAUUGAUGCAUUGUACGCAUAGUGUGCAGGUCUUUGUGUAGUACUAUAAUUAUGAAUAUUUGUUUGUAUGGAAAUAUACAGAAACUCUUAAUCAGUAUCGAAUUUAUUGUGUAAUGAUAACUCAACUAGAUUAAACUCAAACCUCAGUCCUGAGGAAAUAAGCACUCAAAUACGCCAAAACUUGAUAUAAGAUGGUUGACAUUACAUUUAUUGCUCACAUAACAUUUUUGCAAUUACAUUGUCUAUUUAAGCUGUUUUCGACACCCAUUGUAUACAGUUAAAUACAUUUACAAAUAUUCCUUAUUUGUAGGAUAUCAGUUUAGAGUUUAUUUCUAAUUUUCACAACACUUAGUGUAUUAAAUACUGGACAGUAUUGCUAUUAUGAUAAUUUAAGUCCAAUUACUUUAAAUUGAAGUUAAUUGUUAUUCACCUUAGUAUAAUGUUUAGACUCAUAAUACAGUGGAACCUUAUUAUUAAAGGCACUGAUGUGGCAGACUUUACCUAUAACAAUGUAUCUUCUCUCGUCCCAAGUGCCUCGUUAUAAUGCAGUUGCACUGUAACAUGCUUUGAUAUGAUGAUAUACUUAUGUUGGAUUUUGUUCAUUUGUUUGUUUGUUUAUAGUUUUUACGGGAAUCUAAGGAACAAAGUGAAUCAGCAAGCCAAAGAGUCAGCUUUGACCAUAAUGAAGAGACUAGAUUCAAUAAAGCUGUUUUGACUAUUAUUUACCCAGUAUGAG